CCGGACUAGCAACCGCCUCAUAUCGCCGAGAUGGAAGUCAGGUAGUUCCUCGAUAGAUCUCCAAAUAUCCUCUUUCUGAUUUCUCGCGUAACCCACUCUUCUUUGAUUUCUUACCAAUAUCAAAGGUUGCUUUCAAUAUGCGUUCCUCAUCAGUUGUCGCCGCGAUUCUCCUCGCAGCAGGUCAAGUCGCUGCUCAAUCAGCCAUCACUCAAGGAACAUGGGAUAAUAUUGUGCAAUACACACGAUUCGCCCGUGCUUCAUACGCGUCCACCUGCGCAACUCCUCCCAAUGGCUCAGUCGUCUUGAACUACAUCAACGAUGCCCCCACCGAUGGACACGCCACACUGUUCCGUUGGGACUCUGCGAAACAGAUCGUUCUCUCAUUCCGUGGAACCUACACCCCGCAGAACUGGGACUCCGAUCUCGACUUCGGUUCGACCGCGUUGACCAUCGCCGGAACCAGCUGCUCAGGAUGCAACGUUCACACCGGCUUCCAAAAGGUCUACAACGGCAUUGGCGCACAAGUCCUCUCGGCGGUCAACUCCGCCAUCGCCGCGAACCCAGGCUACUCUCUCGUCCUGACCGGUCACUCUCUCGGAGGCGCCCUUGCAUCCCUUGGAACCGUUGCUCUCGGCGCUCGCGGUAUCAAGAUUGCCGCCACCUACACCUUCGGCGAGCCUCGCAACGGCAACUCGGCCUUCAGCACCUACCUCUUCAAAUUUGUCCCCUUCGCCAACUACUUCCGUGUGACCCACUCCAACGACGGUGUCCCGCAAGUGCCCCCGGCGUUCCUGGGCUUCACUCACCACGGAAACGAGUACUGGCAAAAGGCCACCGGAUACAACAACACCGCCGCGACGACCGUGUUGUGCGCACCACCCGCCACCGGUGAGAACACUAACUGCGACCUUGGUCAACGCAAUGACAUCUUCAUCAACUACGCCCACGUCACCUACACCAACGAUGUGAUUGGUAACACCCUCCACAUCCACGACUGCGGUGCUCCCUUCCCAUGAAGUUCUGUAGCAUGAGAAGGAAGCCAGGAAGGACGAGGAGAAAAGCAAAUACUUUGGAAAAUGCAUCAUGAGCGGUUAAAAA